AUGGCUACUUUGAAAAGUCUGAAGAUCAAGACAAGCACAUGCAAACGUAUAGUGAAGGAGUUGCAUUCCUAUGAGAAGGAAGUUGAGAGAGAAGCUGCCAAAACUGCUGACAUGAAGGAAAAGGGAGCUGACCCAUAUGACCUCAAGCAGCAGGAAAAUGUGUUGGCUGAGUCUAGGAUGAUGAUUCCUGAUUGCCAUAAGCGCCUUGAGGCCUCUCUUGCAGACUUGAAAGGAAUAUUGGCUGAGUUAGAAGGGUCUGAUGAGAAGGCGGGUCCUGAAAUUGAGGAUGCUCGAAACACCAUUGGAGAAGUUGAAAAAGUAUUUGAAACAGCAGAAGUUUAA